AUGGCUGACGUAGAGAAAUUAUUAGCUGGCUCCCUUGGUGCACUGGCUCUUGUAUGGUUGUGUCAUCGUACUCUUCAUCAGCAGUUGCCUCUGCCACCUGGGCCAUCCGGUCACUGGAUCUGGGGGAAUGUGGCCGAGAUGAAUGUCCCACACCGGCCAGUCAAAGCUGCCACCGAUUGGAAAGAACAAUACGGUGAUAUAAUCUGCCUGCGGACACUGUCCAACACAACUGUCAUCAUCAAUAGCGAGGCACUUGCUACUGAGCUACUAGAAAAGCGAGCCGCAGAAACCUCUGACCGCCCGAGAAAUGUGUUUGUGAGGGAACUGAUGGGAUGGAACACAAGCACCGUGUUGCACACACAUAACAAUCGUCAUAGACAACUACGAAAAACAAUGGCCUUGGUACUCCAGCAGUCUCAGGCUCGGACAUACUCCACAUUGCACUCGAGCAACCUCCUACAGUUUUUACGUGCCCUGGCCAAGACCCCAGACAAUUACAUGAACCAUAUUGACGAUAGCGCAUCGAGAUUUAUUAUGAACCUCGCCUACGGCCACGAGAUCAUCGAAGAUGACCCGCUCGUAGCUGCAGUAAGGGCGGGCCAAAUCUAUAUGGAGGACGGGUUGGCUACGCAUCGAUGGGUAAACUCUCUGCCUUUCCUGCGUUAUUACCCCGCCUGGGCACCAGGAGGGGAAUUUCAAAAGGUAGCUCGAGAAGGUCUUCGUAGGCGUCUCGAGUAUGCCAAUGUUCCUUUCGACACCGUGAUGGACGGGAUUCGUAGGAACCAGCUAGUUCAGCCCUCGUUCACUUCACGCCUGUUGGAACAAAAAGGAGGUGCGAACGCCUCUGAAGAAGACGUGGACCUGAUCAAAUGGUCUGCUGCUUCUUUGUUUGGAGGUGGUACUGCUACAACGGUUAGCAUUCUUGCAACUCUUAUAUUUUGUCUUGUGAUACACCCCGAAAUUACCAAGAAAGCGCAAGAUGAGAUCGACCGGGUCAUUGGCCCCAAUAGGCUCCCGACAGUACACGACCGAGGCUCACUUCCAUAUGUUGAGGCUGUGCUUCAAGAAGUAAUGAGAUACUACCCUGUGGUACCAUUAUGCAUUCCGCAUUCGACGGAACAAGACAUUGAGUUUCAAGGAUAUCGCAUUCCCAAGGGUAGCUCUAUCGAGCCAAACCUAUGGGCUAUACUUCACGACCCAGAUAUUUACUCUGACCCACAUGUUUUCCGGCCCGAAAGAUAUCUGGAAUCAAAACCAGCUCCUGACCCGCGCAAAUACAUCUUUGGAUUUGGAAGACGCAUAUGCCCUGGGAUCCACAUAGCCUAUGAUAGCACCUUCAUCAACUGCGCUGGCUUGAUAUCGGUGUUUGACUUCCGGGCGAGUGCCGAACUAUUGGCUAGCGUUGAUGCUGCCGGUGGUCGCGAAUCUCCAGAUAUGUGGAAGCUUUUCAACAGUUCAAAAAUUGUUCGACCUAAGCCCUUCAGAUGUUCAAUCCAACUUCGGAAUGAUGCUGCAAAACGUCUACUCAAAACUUCUGUGACCUAUUGA